UAUACACGCUCGCACACACCUUUCCAUUUUUAUUUCUUUACAAGUUAACGUUGCACGAUAACUUACAAGCCACGUGGCCCGUCAUACAUCCCGGAGAAGAAAGAGCGAUUACGAAGUACAUUUAAACUGGUAAAUUCUGGAAUUAAUCUUUACUAUAUGAUACCAAAUAUUCGAGGCUACAUCGUAUAAAUAAUUAACCUAAUAAUGUGAAGAGGAAAUUCAAAUGAAGAUAUAUUAAGCAGUUACAUGGCAAUGGUUUCAUGGUCGUCAGUUAAAAAGUUUUAAGCGAAAAUCAUUGAUAACAAGAAAUCAUGCUUCCGCAUGAGAAGACCAAGGAACAUGAGUUAUAUUUUGAUAAAUUUAACUCAAAAAUUUUUAAAAAUAAAAGUAACGAGCAUUCAGUAUUUAAUAGUAUUUUAAAGAAGAACAAUAAAGUAGCAAAUGGAAAUAAUAGUAUAAAUAAUUUAACAAAAAAUCGUAAUAAUGAUAUUUGCUCCGAAGAAAAGUUUAAAAAAUAUGAGUGGCGAUUUACAAGGAAGGAUAUUAUAUGGCGAAAUGUUGUCGCGAUUACUCUAUUUCACCUUAUGUCACUUUACGCUUAUAUCACUUUUCCAUAUUUUCAACGAUUAAAAACCUUACUUUGGGGUUGGAUGGUUAGCGUCAUAGCUUCAUUCGGAGUUGGAGCUGGCGUUCAUCGGCUUUGGACUCAUCGCUCGUAUAAAGCGAAAACUCCGCUUAGAAUAAUUCUAUUAUGUUGUUACAGUACAGCCGGAAUGAAUUCAAUUUUCAAUUGGGUAAGGGAUCAUCGUGUUCAUCAUAAAUUUUCGGAAACUGAUGCAGAUCCACACAACAGUACAAGAGGAUUUUUUUUCUCUCAUGUAGGUUGGUUAAUGUUACGCAAGCACUCUGAAGUUUUAAGAAAAGGUCGUCAAAUUGAUAUGAACGAUAUUCUCAAUGAUCCUGUAGUUGCUUUUGGUGAAAAAUACUUCAUACCAUUAAAGAUAAUUUUUUGCUUCAUCGGACCAGUAAUAAUACCAGUAUAUGUUUGGAAUGAAGAUUGGUAUUACGCAAUCACCACUCAAAUUUUGAUGCGUUAUGCUUUUGUACUCAAUGCUACGUGGUGUGUUAAUAGCGUAGCGCAUAUGUUUGGAUGGAGACCUUACGAUAAAAUGAUUGCACCAACAGAGAAUCUGCUAAUUUCAUAUGUCACAGGUGGUGAAGGCUGGCACAAUUAUCAUCAUGCCUUUCCAUGGGAUUAUAAAGCCUCAGAAAUGGGCCAUCCAAUGAUCGAUCUUAGCACCUAUUUUAUCCAUACUUUUGCACUGAUUGGUUGGGCCUAUGACAUGAAGCAAGCAUCUCCAGAGCUUAUCAAGUCUAUGGUUAUGAAAAAAGGCGAUGGCACACAUUCUGAGUUCUCUGCACCAUCAAUGAAAAAUGUCGCAGUUAAAUGAUCAUUGAUAUUGUCCAAAUAAUGUUCAAUUGUAAUGGAUUUUUUCUGAUGAGAAAAAAUUUGACAAAAGAUUGUAAUGUGCUUUAUUAAUUCGAGUGUUAGUAGCACUGAAAGAGUUUCGUUGUAAUGAGACAUUUUUACAUAAAGCGAAAACUAAUAUUUAA